GAGCUUCCCCCACCCCCAACCCCCUCCUCUCCUCCCUGGGCUUUAGCAAAGGGCCGCUCUGAGGAACGGAAUUGGUGGGCUGGAGAUGGGGGCGAUGUGGCACAUCGCGUUGGGGUUGGCCCUGAGCUGUGCCCUCACCUCCGCCAUGUUCCGUGGCAAGGAGUUCCUCGUCGCCGUCCUUCAGAACAGCGAGGAAGCCGUGCGCCCCAACCUCUUCCUCCACCUCACCGCCUACGCCGACUCCACCCAAGUAACCCUGACCAGCACCGAUGGGGGGUCCUUCCACGAAACCAUCAACCUCAGGAAGGACCAAACCUCCCCCAUCUCCAUCCCCGGCGCCUUGGAGUUGAUCAACAGGAGGAUCUCCCAAAAGAGCCUUUUGGUGACGUCCACCAAAGACAUCUCCGUCGUCAUCACCAGCUCCAAAACCUACACCGUCGGUGCCACCGCGGUGCUGCCCACGGCCGUGCUGGGCAACGAAUACUACGUGGUGACCCCCACCGACGCGGCCAAAGAGGGGUUGAAGGAAUUCGCCGUGGUGGCCGGGAAGGAACCGUCGACCGUUUCCAUCAAGAUCAAAGGGAAGCUUUAUUUCCGAGGGAGGAACUACAGAUCCGGCUCGACGCUUUCCGUCCCUUUGAGGCCGUAUGAGAGCUUGCAGCUCCAAAGCGAGGACGACCUCUCGGGGACCAAAGUGACAUCGGACAACGCCAUCGCCGUGUUCAGCGGUCACACCUGCGCGAAGGUGAACAGCGGUUGUGACUACGUGGUGGAGCAGCUCCUCCCCGUCAGCGCCUGGGGGAAAGCCUACAUCGUGCCCCCCAACCCCCUGCAGAAAGCCCACGAUUUCAUCUACGUCGUGGCAGCCCAGGAUGGCUCCAUCUCCUACCACGAGGGCAGCGCGGCCACCACAAAGAACGUGGAGGCCGGGGAGGUCAAAGUCUUCAAACUGAGGUCGAAUUCUCCGUUCUACGUGACUUCUUCGGUAGAGAUUCAGGUGGUUUUAUUCUUCACCGGCUCAAGGGGGUAUUACGUUUGGCAAGACCCCUUCCUCCUCGCCAUCCCACCCAUCUCGUCCUACUGCGCGUCGUACCGCUUCACCGGGUUGAAUGCGUACAACUACGUCCUCCUCGUGGCCAAGAAUUCCGACACCAACGCCAUCGCGCAACAGAAGGGGAGCGAUAGGGAAUGGAAGGAAAUCCCCGGCACGGAGUAUUCCUGGUCCAUGCACAGCCUGAGCAGUUCAUAUAGCAGCUGGAGCUCUGAGAACGAGCGAGCGACUUUUGGGCUGUUGGGAUUUGGCUUUAUGAAUUACGUGGGUUACGGUUUUGCUGGUCUGUGCGCCACAUCUUCCUCCACGCUUUCCUGCUCUGACAUCACCUGCAAGGAGCGGGAGCGGUGCAAGAUGGUGGAAGGGGGGCCCACGUGCGUCCAAGAGACCUUCUCCACCUGCUGGGUCAUCGGUGGGCCCCACUACAAAACUUUCGAUGGGAAGAUCUUUGAUUUCAUGGGCACGUGCACCUACACUUUGAGCAAGACCUGCGGCACAGCCGCCAACCUGCCCUUCUUCACUGUUGAGGUCAGAAAUAGCUUGAGGGGCAAUGCCAAAUCCCCCUACAUUGAUGCUGUGACCGUCCAAGCCUACAACAUCACGGUGGUCGUGAUCAGGUCCGAGAAUGGAUUCGUGAGGGUGAACAACCACCGCACCCGCCUCCCCAUCUCCCUCGCCCAAGGGAAGUUCCAGCUCCAGCAGAAGGGCAGCUUCGUCCUGAUUAAAACCGACUUCAUGCUGAAGGUGCUGUACAACUGGGAUGGACACUUGAUGGUGAAGAUCCCCAGCUCUUACUCAGGCCAAGUGUGUGGGAUGUGUGGGAACAGCAACGGCGAUCCCCAGGAUGAUGCUCUGCUGCCCGACGGCACCUUGGCACAGAACGCAGUGGUUCUGGGCCAGGUCUGGAAGGUUCUUGGUGACAACAGGAUCUGCUUGGAUAGCUGCAGUGGUGAAUGCAAGCGUUGCUCGUGGAGGGAGACAGCAAAGUAUAACACGGAGUCAUAUUGCGGGUUGCUCACCCAAAACCCAGGGCCAUUCCAAGGCUGCCACGAUACCAUCCACACAGAUAUCUAUUUAAAAAACUGCAUUUCCGACCUCUGCAGCUACGAGGGGCUCCACACAGUUCUGUGCCAAGCGCUGAACGCCUACGUGGAAAGCUGCCAGGAGGAGGGAGUCGUCUUGGCCGACUGGAGGACGGCGGCGCGUUGCUUUCCCUUCUGCCCGGUCAACAGCAACCACACGUCGUGCGGGACCGCCUGCCCCACAACCUGCAACGACGCAGCCGUCCCAUCCGACUGCAUCUCCUCGUCCUGCGUGGAGGGCUGCACGUGCACGGAGGGCUUCGUGUUGGAUGCUGGGAAAUGCAUCCCCAAAUCUGAGUGCGGAUGCGUUUUUGGGGAUCGCCUCUACGGCCUCGGGGAGGAAUUUUGGGGCGACGAUGGCUGCACCAAGCGUUGCGUCUGUGAGAAGGAGAGGCGGAAGGCAGUGUGUCACCAAGCCAGCUGCAGAGCCAAGGAGGAGUGUGGGGUGAAGGAUGGCAUCCGGGGGUGCUACCCGACGAGUUAUGGGGUCUGCACGGCGGUGGGCAGCACGCACUACAGGAGCUUCGACGGCAAGUGGUUCGCCUUCCAGGGCACGUGCUUUUACCAGUUGGUUGGGCUGUGCAAGAGGAGCGCAGGGCUGGUGGACUUCCAGGUGUUGGUGCAGAAUGGCCUCAAGGAUGGUGGAUCUCCGUCCUUCAUCACCAUCGUCAGGGUCAAAGUCUACGGGAACAUCAUCACCUUCAACCAGACGAACCCCAAUAAAAUCACCGUCAACGACCGAUCAGCCAACCUACCCUACUCCCACGACGGGAAGAUCCUGAUCUACAGAGGCGGACGGGACGUGGUGAUAGAGACCGACUUUGGCCUCACCAUCACCUACGAUUGGAGCGGCGACGUCGGCGUGUCGGUGCCUUCCACUUACGAGGACACCCUCUGUGGGCUCUGUGGGAACUUCAAUGGGGACACGGGGGAUGACAUGAUGCUGAAGAACGGCCAUGUGACGUCCAACCCCAAAACCUUCGGGCAGAGCUGGAAGGUGGCCGACCACCCGGGUUGCACAGAGCUGUCCACGAAGGAAUGUCCCAGCUCAGUGAGCACCGUCGAGCAGGAGAAGCUUUGUGGGAUCAUCUCGAGGAAAGACGGACCCUUCAGAGGGUGUCACACUACGGUGGAACCCUCAAAAUACGUCCAAAAUUGCAAGAAUGAUUUGUGCCUUUAUCCAGAGCACAAGGAGGUGUUGUGCCAACACAUUGCGCACUAUGUUGACCUCUGCCAAGCCGCUGGAGUGACCAUCGAGGAGUGGAGGACGAAUGAUUUCUGCCGGAUUUCCUGCCCGGCCCACAGCCACUACGAGCUGUGUGCUCUGGAUUGCAGCCGGACCUGCAGCAGCAUCUUUGCCCCGCUGCGCUGCACCGAGCGGUGCCGGGAGGGCUGCGUGUGCGACGAGGGCUUCGUGUUCAGCGGCGAUGAGUGCGUCCCCAUGGCCCGCUGCGGUUGCCUCCAUCAUGGUUCCUACUACAAGGUGGAAGAGCACUUCCGCCCCACCAAGCUGGAGGAGUGCGAGUGCCACGCCGACGGCAUGGUGGACUGCCACAAAAUUCCUGCUCCUACCGAAAGCAGCUGCUCAACGGCCACCUCUGGGACCUGCGUGGUCACCGGUGACCGCAGCUAUUUAUCCUUCGACGGGACGGCGUUUGACAUCCCGGGUGCCUGUGCCUACGUCCUCACUGAGAGCUGCAGCGGCGAUGACGACACCGAACACUUCGUGGUGAAAAUUAAGAAGAAUUCCAGGCAGAAAACGAAGGUUUCUGGCAUUGAAGUGCUGUCUGUAGAAGUCUACGGGCUCACCUUGACCAUGGAGCGAGGGAAAAUAGGGACGAUCAUGGUGGACUCCGUAUUCCAGGGCCUCCCAGCCAUCCUGCACCAGGGGCAGGUCCAGGUGCACCGACACGGGGAGGGCAUUCACCUUCAGACCGCCUUUGGCCUCGUCGUACGCUACGACUUCUACCACUACGUCGCGGUCACGGCCCCUCCGGGCUACCAGGGCCGCCUGUGUGGGCUUUGUGGCAACAACAAUGGCAAAAGUGAGGACGAUUUCCUCUUCCCCGACGGCCGCCCGGCUCCCAAUGCCAUCGCUUUUGGUUCCGCAUGGAAAAUGCCCACCAUGGCGUGCGAGGAGAGCUGUUCCGAAGACGACUGCCCCGUUUGCACGGAAGAAAAGAAGAAGGUCUUCCAAAAACCCAACUACUGCGGCAUCCUCACGGACCCCCACGGCCCCUUCUCCUCCUGCUUCAACACCGUCAGCCCAACCCUGUAUUUGGAUGCCUGCAUCCGAGACCUCUGCCUUACCAAGGCGAAAACCGACGUCCUGUGUCGGAGCAUCCAGAGCUACAUGUCCUCUUGCCAAGCUGCCGGUGUCACCAUCGAGGCGUGGAGGAAACCGUCCUUCUGUUUCCCGAGAUGCCCAGCAAACAGCACCUAUUCCCUGUGCUCCAACCUCUGCACCAACAGCUGUGCGAAGCCCACGGGUACCUCCGGGUGCCCCCAGACCUGCGCUGAAGGCUGCAGCUGCAACGAAGGGUUCGCCUUUAACGGGGAGAGAUGCGUCCCCAAGGAAGAAUGCGGGUGCUUUGUGGAUGGGAUAUAUUACAGGCCCAACCAGUCGGUCCUGAAGGAGAACUGCCAGCAGCGUUGCACCUGCAUCCCAGGCAAAGGGUUGGACUGCAGCAGCCACGAAUGCACCGAUGAUGAAACCUGUGAAAUCCGGGAUGGGAUCAUGGGUUGCAUCAACCAAAACCCCUGCAAAGCCCUCGGGUGCCGACCGAGGGAGAGGUGCAAGCUGGAGGACGGCCAAGCCAAGUGUGUCCCCUCCUUGGUGGCCUCGUGCUGGGCUUGGGGGGAUCCCCACUACCGCACCUUCGACAAGCGUGAUUUCGACUUUGAGGGCACCUGCACCUACACCAUGGCUCGGUUCUGUGGGAACGACCCCACAUUGGUGCCUUUCAAGGUGGAGGGCAAGAAUCAGAUCCGGAAUGGGGUGAAAUCCAUCUCCUACGUCAGCUUGACCAACGUUGAGGUCUACGGGCAUCGCAUCUCCAUCCAUUGGAGGGAAGUGGGCAAAGUCAGGGUGGACGGCGUGCUGACCCUCCUCCCAGCCGUCCUGCAGGACAGCAGGGUCCACCUCUACCAGAGCGGGAUGACAGCGGUGCUUGAGACAGAUUUUGGCCUCCGGGUGACGUACGAUUGGAACUGGCACCUGAUGCUCGAGCUCCCCAGCAGCUACUCGGAGCAGAUCUGCGGCCUCUGCGGCAAUUUCAACCUGGAUCCGGCGGAUGACAUCCCCGUGCAAGGUGAUGACGGCGCCUCUUCCAUCAUCUCCUGGGCCUCCACCUGGAGAGUCCCCGAUGAGGACCCCUUCUGUUGGGAUUUUUGCGAUGGGGAGUGCCCCGUGUGCGAGGAGGAGAAGAGGGAGCUCUAUUCGGGCAACCAACACUGCGGGCUCAUCAAAAAGAGCUUCCAGGGCCCCUUCAAAGCUUGCCACGACGUGGUCAGCCCUCAAGAUUUCUUCCGGAAUUGCCUUUAUGAUGUUUGCAUGAACGACGGAGCGAGGAAAAUCCUCUGCAAGACGUUGGAGACGUACGCAUCGACGUGCAGGAAGCACGGGGCAGUGGUGCACGACUGGAGGACGCCGUCGGGAUGCUCGUUGCCCUGCCCCGAGCACAGCCACUACGAGCACUGCGGCAGCGCCUGCCCUGCGACCUGCACCAACCCCGACGCCCCCAAAUCUUGCACCCAACCCUGCGUGGAAACCUGUGCUUGCGACCCGGGUUACGUCCUCAGCGGAGGGCAGUGUGUGCUGACCUCCAGCUGUGGUUGUACCCACAACGGUCUCUACCGGGCUCCAGGAGAGGAGUUCUGGGAGGAUGAGAUGUGCCGCUCGCGGUGCCGCUGCGACGCGGCGCUGGGGAUGGUGGUUUGCAGCGAGGGCAGCUGCAAGGCGGGCGAGCAGUGCCGCGUGGUGAGGGGGGUGAGGCAGUGCGUGGCUGCGGGGCGGUCCAUCUGCGUGGCCACCGGGGACCCCCACUACACCACCUUCGACGGGCGGCGCUACGACUUCAUGGGGACGUGCGUCUACCAGUUUGCUGCCCUCUGCUCGGCCGACCCCACCCUCGUCCCCUUCAACGUCACCGUGGAGAACAACCACCGGGGCAGCCAAGUGGUGUCCUACACCAAGGAGAUCACCUUGAAGGUCUACAAUGUCACCCUCAGCCUCAGCCAGGCGGAGCCCAAGAAACUGAAGGUGAACGGCAUCGUGGUGGAUCUCCCCUUCCGCCACAGCCCCCAACUCUACGCCUACAGCAGCGGCGCCCACGGCUUCCUCCAAACCGACUUCGGCCUCAUCGUCACCUUCGACUGGUACAGCUACGCCCGCGUCAUCCUCCCCAGCACCUAUGCCCGCUCCGUCUGCGGUCUGUGCGGCAACGCCGACGGCGACCCGGCCGACGACUUCGCUUUGCCCGGUGGCCGAUUGGUCACCGACGAAAACGCCUUUGCAAACUCCUGGAAAGUGGCCGACGUCCCCGGUUGCAACGCCGAAUGCAGCGGGGACUGCAGGGUUUGCACCGAAGCAGAGAAGCGCAUCUACCGUGGCGACAAGCACUGCGGGCUGCUGGUGAAGCAGACGGGGCCCUUUGCAAACUGCCACAGCGUCAUCGACCCCGCGCCGUACUUUGAGGAUUGUCUCUUCGAUGUCUGUCUCUAUAAGGGCCACCAGGAGGUGGUGUGCAGAUCUAUCAGUAGAUACGUCACCGACUGUCAGAGCCAGAGGGUCAACAUCUCAGCCUGGCGCACCGCCGCCUUCUGCAGCCCCGUGUGCUCCCCGAAUCAGCACUACGAGCUCUGCGGCCUCUCCUGCUCCCCCAGCUGCUCCAACCAGGAGGAAGAUGACGGCUGCAACCCUUCCUCCCCGUGCACCGAAGGCUGUUUUUGCAACCCCGGCUUCUUGCAAAGCGGCGACAGCUGCGUCCCGGCGCCUCAGUGCGGCUGCUUGCACGACGGCCGCUAUUUGCAACGGGGUGAGGAGUUCUACCCCUGCGAGCGUUGCAGCGAGCGCUGCGUUUGCAAAGGGAACGGCGAGGUGCAAUGCGAGCCAACGAGCUGCGGCGCAGACGAAGCGUGCAUGGUGCAGGACGGGGUGAGGGGAUGCUACCCCGAUGGCUGCGGGCGCUGCGAGGAGUUGGGAGCUGCAACGUUCCGGACGUUCGAUGGAGUGCUGUUGCAUUUUGCCGGGACGUGCACUUAUACGUUGGCUGCGGCUGAAGAGGGGGAGGAAGAGGGGGAGUUGGAGCCGUUCCUGGUGAGGGUGCAGAAGGAGAUGAGAGGAGCAGAGCCCCUCGUGAGGCAGCUGCUGGUCACGGUGCACGGCGUCACCGUCAGCUUGCGGCGGGGAGUGCACGGGGAGGUGAAGGUGGACGGAGAGCGUCACCUCCUCCCUGUAUCCCUGGCCUCGGAUGCGGUGACGGUGACACAGGAGGGCAUCUAUCGGGUGCUGAGGACACGGGGGGGUCUGAAGCUGCUUUACGACGGUGCCACCUACGUCCUGGUGACGCUGCCCAGCAGCUACCAGGGCCACACCGGGGGUCUCUGCGGUGACUUCGAUGGGGACGUCGGCAACGAUGUGACGGAGCCGCAGCAGCUGGGGGAAAAAUGGGGGAUCCCCACUCAGGGUUGCAACCACGGGUCGCAGUUGACGCCGUGUCCACAAGUGGGGAAGAGCGGCUGUGAUAUCCUAAAGGAUGCGGAGGGGCCGUUUCGGGGGUGUCACGCGGUGGUGACCCCCGGGGAUUACGUGGAGAGCUGCUUGAAGGACACGUGUAGGAGGCAGGGGGGUGUCCAAGGAAGGGGCGAUGAUGCAGAGGAUGGCGGCGGCAGCACCGCGCUGUGCCGCAGCUUGCAGGCCUACGCCGCUGCAUGCCAGGCUGCAGGAGGGGAGCUGCAGGAGUGGAGGGAGGCAGCCAAGUGCCCACUCUCCUGCCCCGUGGGCGCCCACCCCCAGCUCUGCAGCCCCCUCUGCUCCCAGAGCUGCACCAGCCUCUCCUCCGUCCCCCACUGCAGCACCCACUGCUUUGAGGGCUGUGCGUGUCCAGCAGGAGAGCUGCUCAAUGGGGAUGAAUGUGUGACCCCCGACGCCUGCGGCUGUCUGCACCGCGGACGCCUCUUCCAGAUCGCUGAGACCAUCAUGUCUGCUGACUGCAGCGAGAUCUGCACGUGCCGCGCCGCGGGCGGCAUGCAAUGCAAACCAGCCGGUUGCCCAUUCGGCCAAGUUUGCACCAUGGACAAAGGCGUGCGAGCGUGCAAAGAGCAACCCGGGCGUUGCACCUUGGUUCCUUCCUCACGUUUCGUGUCCUUCGACGGCACCAAAGGGACCACGACGGCCGUCGGGACCUACGUGGUGGCUUCUAUUUGUCAGCCCGGUCACUCGCAUUGGUUCCGGCUGUUGGGUGACGUUGCGGAGGAUGAGGAUCGGCCGUUGGUGGUGGCGCUGCACCUCUUCAGCCGCGCUGCUUUCGUCACCGUCCGGAGGGAUAAGAAAGUGUGGGUCAACGGGAUCCCAUCCACCAUCCCAGCUCAGGUCUCGGAUCAGCUCUCCAUCCGCGAAUCCCAAAACGUCGUCUCCAUCACCCAAACCCCACACCUGGUGGUGACCCUCAGCCCCACGGGGGAGGUGACGGUGACGGUGACGAAGGAGCUGAGCAGGGAACUGUGCGGGGUCUGCGGGGACUACGAUGGGGACGCGGCCAACGACCUCCGGGGUCCCGAUGGGAAACUGGUGGCGGAUUUCUUGGCCAUGACGAAGGCCUGGAGGGCGCCCGACUUCACCCCUGUGAGUGGCCCCACUGAGGGGGCGUCUGUUUUUGGGGAGGGGGUGGGUGUGGGGUGGGAUUUGGGGUGA